GGCUCUUAGUCUAUUACAAAUAAUGUGACAUCACAUUAACAACAUGAAGGAGGAACAAUACAAAAUGAUGGUAUGGAGAAAGAAAAAAAGAAACGUAUACACAAAAUUCACAACCCACAAUAACAGAACAUGAUUACUAAAGUAACUAAUUAUUAAAAGAGUGAAAGUUUUGACACAAGGUGGCGCAUUAGUUGCUAAUUAACCAUACUAAUCUCGUUUUUUCACCAAACGUGGCUAACGUGUGUUACUAAUCACGCUGACCUUUUGACGACUCCUCUAUUCCCAGCAACGUAACCCCCUCUAAUCUCAACUUUCAAUGUAUAUGUAUUCCCGCCGAAAACUUGCAAUUAAAUGCUUUUUCUGCUAACUUUUAUUUUAUUCUUUCCCUUUGUCAACCGCAACAUAACGUACCCCCUUUAAUCACACUAUAUAUAAAACCUUACAAUAACCACAUUAUUAUUAUUAUUCCAUACACCCACCUCUAAAUUUUUGUUUACUUACAUUCAUCAAUUCUCAAUUCAUAGGUUACAUAAAUAAAUUUGUUACACACCCGCAGCCCUUGCAUAGCAGCCCUCGGCUUUUUUCCUCUAGUGCUAGAGAAUCAUAUAUUAUACAACCGUCGAAAUUUAUUAGUACGUACGUACGUACACGAUGAAAAAUCAUGGGUGUUUGUUGAUUUUGUUGUUUACAAUUGGUUUUUGUUUGGAAAUGGCUUCAUUUGGUAAUGCUCAAAGAGUAUGGAAGAGAGUUUUAACGGUUGAUCAAUCGGGGAAAACGGGACAAUUCGUGAAAAUACAAGAUGCAAUUGAUGCAGUUCCAUCUAAUAAUGUUCAUCCUAUCUUUAUAAGGGUGGAGCCAGGAAUUUAUAAAGAGAAGAUUAUUGUGCCUCAAGAUAAACCCUUUAUAACGCUUAGUGGUAGAAAUGCAUAUACUACAGUUAUUACUUGGAAUGAUGGUGGUGAUAUAUUCAAAUCUCCUACUGUUUGUGUUUUCUCUUCUGAUUUUGUGGGACGUUACCUUACUAUUCAGAACACAUACGGUACGAGAGGCAAAGCAGUAGCAUUAAGAGUAAGAAGCGACAGAGCUGUAUUUUAUGCUUGUAGAAUUAUAUCAUACCAAGAUACACUUCUAGAUGAAAGUGGUAGACAUUUUUACUACAAUUGUUACAUUGAAGGAGCCACUGACUUCAUUUGUGGAAAUGCAGCCUCCCUUUUCAAGCAAUGCCAUUUGCAUUCAACUUCAGAAUAUAAUGGAGCUAUAACAGCACAACGUAGAGUAUCAGAAGAAGAUGAUACAGGAUUUUAUUUUGUGGGAUGCAAAGUUACCGGGAUUAAAAGUUGUACAUUAGGCAGACCAUGGGGUCCUUAUUCGAGAGUGGUUUUCACGCGAACCUAUAUGUCUAGUGCGGUGCUACCUCAAGGAUGGGAUGAUUGGGGCAAAACAUCUACCCACAGAACUGCAUAUUAUGGUGAAUACGAGUGCUAUGGUCCAGGGGCUAAAAGAACAAGACGAGUUCAGUGGUCACUUAGCCUCUCUAAUCAACAAGCCUUACCCUACAUGACUAUGAAUUUGAUGAGUGAAAGAACAUGGCUUAAGGUUUAACUUAAUUCACAUUUUCACCACCCUUGUACUUUUGUUUCAUAUUCUUUUAGAUAAUGCCCACUUUGGGAAAUCACCUACAUUGUAAUUUUGUUAGUGCGAAUUCCUUUUGGUCUUAACAAUUCAUUUCAUAGUUGUUGUACAUUACAAUUAUAAAGUAGCAAAUAAAAUUUUCGCUUACACAG